AUGGAUACGCUCCCGCACGUGAUCACCACCCCUAAACUCACAACAACCUUUCGUCAUGGUUUAACGACUUCUACACUCCGUUACUCCAACCGUCGUUUCCGUUCAUUCAGAGCCGCGAAAAACGUUCGCGUCUUUUCCGAGCUUAAGAGCCAGAACAACACGACGAGAAUUGAUUAUACUGAUCCUGGUUGGACAACCAAGUUCAAAGAGGAUUUCGAAGCGCGGUUUAGAUUACCUCAUGUUACUGAUACGUUUCCUGAAUCUGUUUCUAUGCCUUCUACUUUUUGUCUCAAAAUGAGGACUCCGUUGACGAGUGGUGUUCCGGGGAAUUAUCAGUCUGAUGAGGAGUGGAAUGGGUAUAUUAAUGAUAAUGAUAGAGUGCUGCUUAAGACAAUAUACCAUUCAUCACCCACAUCUGCUGGCGCCGAGUGCAUUGAUCCUGGUUGUAAUUGGGUAGAACAAUGGGUUCAUCGAGCUGGACCUCGGAAAAAUAUAUACUUCAAACCAGAAGAAGUAAAGGCAGCCAUUGUUACCUGUGGAGGACUGUGUCCUGGUCUAAACGAUGUCAUUAGACAGAUUGUAAUCACACUUGAAAUAUAUGGUGUAAAAAAGAUUGUUGGUAUUCCUUUUGGCUAUCGCGGCUUUUCUGACAAAGAUUUGACAGAAGUACCGCUUUCGAGGAAAGUAGUUCAAAAUAUUCAUCUCUCAGGUGGAAGCCUAUUAGGAGUUUCCCGCGGAGGACCUGAAGUUAGUGACAUUGUGAACAGUUUGGAGGAAAGAGGGAUCAACAUGCUCUUCGUGUUGGGUGGAAAUGGUACACAUGCUGGUGCAAAUGCAAUUCACGACGAGUGCUGUAAAAGAAAGCUUAAAGUGUCGAUAAUUGGAGUGCCGAAAACUAUAGACAAUGACAUUCUGUUGAUGGACAAAACUUUUGGCUUUGACACUGCAGUAGAAGAAGCCCAAAGAGCAAUAAAUUCUGCAUACAUUGAGGCGCAUAGUGCAUAUCAUGGAAUUGGGAUCGUGAAAUUAAUGGGUCGUAGUAGUGGAUUCAUCGCAAUGCAAUCUUCACUAGCCAGUGGACAGAUUGACAUAUGUCUAAUUCCCGAGGUUCCUUUCAAUUUGCAUGGACCUCAUGGAGUUUUGAGUCAUCUCAAGUACCUUAUAGAAUCACAGGGAUCAGCUGUAGUUUGUGUAGCAGAGGGAGCUGGACAGAAUUUACUUAAAAAAACUAAUGCUACUGAUGCUUCAGGGAAUGUUAUAUUUGGAGACAUUGGCGUUUAUAUCCAAAAAGAGACGAAAAAAUAUUUCAAGGAGAUUGGUGUUCAUGCUGAUGUGAAAUAUAUUGAUCCAACAUACAUGAUCCGUGCGUGUCGAGCAAAUGCUUCAGAUGGAAUUUUAUGCACCGUACUUGGACAAAACGCGGUUCAUGGUGCAUUUGCUGGAUUUAGUGGCAUUACAGUAGGCACAUGUAACACACAUUAUGCUUACUUUCCAAUCACCGAAGUAAUAUCGCAUCCUCAGUUGGUGGAUCCCAACAGUCGAAUGUGGCAUCGAUGUUUAACUUCGACAGGCCAACCCGACUUUGUUUGA